UCCGUGGAGUGCGUCGGCCCGCCGCGUCCUAACUCCUUCCCCCGCUCGCCGCGCCGGUCAUUCCCCCUGUGCGUUGUGUGUGUGCCCCGACAAGUGCUUCUGACCGGUCCCCUAUGCGUUACUGACUCCCGAAAUCGAGUGUGCUUUUGACAAUGUGUGUGUGUUUUCGUUUCUAAGGGAUUAAACUAACUCUCAUCACAGAAAUACAGCGCGCAUCCAAAGUGAUGGUGAUACGAAACUGGGCGACCAUAUCGGUCGUCAUAGCAACCUGCUUUUUAGCGCAGGCCUCGCCUCAGGGGUCGAAUAAUUUAUUCACAUGUCCUGCAGGAUGGGAACUAAAAGGACUUCAUUGCUACAAAUUUUUCACAAUCAAACAUUCAUGGGAAAGUGCUGCUCAAUUAUGUAAUAGGUAUGGUAGUGAUUUAGUGUUAGUUGAAUCCUAUGCAGAAAAUAAUUAUACUGCCGGAUUAGCAUUACGAAGUUUAGCCCCAUCCGAGCGAUCAAAUCAGCAAUAUUGGCUCGGACUUACCUCUCUUGAUGAUCUCCGAACUAACACACUUGAAUCUGCCGCAGGUGUCCUAGUCUCUCAGUAUGCAGGUUUCUGGUCCUUGGAACAGCCAGAUCCUCGUGCAGGAGAGUGUGUCGAUGUCACCAUCACAGAUCAGCAGCAGUCUUGGCAGCUACAGACCUGUGAAACUCUGUUACCAUUUUUAUGCAGGGCAAAUGCUUGUCCUACUGGCUCAUUUCAUUGCUCCAACGGUGGAUGCAUCAACUCUGCAUUCAGGUGUGACAAAUAUGAUGACUGUGGAGAUUGGUCUGAUGAACUGGAUUGUCCAUCUAAUUGUCAUUUUUACAUGGCCAGUAGUGGAGACGUGGUGGAGUCACCAAACUACCCUCACAAAUAUGAUUCCCUUGCUAACUGCAAAUGGACCCUUGAAGGGCCCCAAGGACACAACAUUCUUUUACAGUUCCAAGAAUUCGAAACCGAAAAGUCAUUUGAUACCGUGCAAAUUUUGGUCGGUGGUAGGACAGAGGACAAAUCUGUAAACUUGGCAACUUUAUCUGGCAAACAAGAUCUCAGUAACAAAUUAUUUGUAUCCGCAUCAAACUUCAUGAUCAUAAAGUUUAGCACUGAUGGAUCCGUAGAGAAGAAAGGUUUCAGAGCUUCAUGGAAAACGGAACCGCAAGUGUGUGGAGGAAAUUUACGAGCAACAGCCCAGCCUCAAGUUUUGACAUCACCUGGUUAUCCAAACAACUACCCUGGAGGUCUUGAAUGCUUAUACACAAUUGUUGCUCAGCCUGGAAGAGUUAUCACUCUAGAAAUUGAUGAUGUAGAUCUUGAACUCAACCGAGAUUAUGUCUUGAUCAGAGAUGGAGAUUCACCAAAAAGCCAGCCCAUCGGCCGUUUGACCGGCAAUUCUCUGAACAAUCCGAAAAUCAUCAUCUCUACAGGCCACCAGCUUUACCUUUACCUCAAGACAAACCUUGGUGACUCUCGGAAAGGUUUUAAGCUGAGGUAUUCUCAAGGUUGCAAGGCCAUCAUCACUGCUGCAAAUGGAACACUAACGUCCCCUGCAUUUGGACUGUCUAACUAUCCAAGCAAUUUGGAAUGUCUUCUGAAGAUUAAGAAUCCUUCAAGUGGCCCCCUCUCCUUAAAAUUUGACUCAUUGUCAGUUCACCCCUCCGACAAUGUCCAGGUGUUCGAUAGUCUAAGCACCAGUGGUUUAAGGCUUCAUCCUGGCAAUGGCUUCACUGGAAACGCAGCCCCAAAGUUAACUCUCACUGCAUCCAGCGGUGAAAUGCUUGUUCGAUUUGUCUCUGAUGCCCUUCACAAUGGCAAGGGAUGGCAUGCAACUUUCUCAGCAGAUUGCCCUAUUCUCAAGCCGGGCGCAGGCGCACUUGCCUCCAGUCGUGACACUGCUUUUGGCACAAUCGUCACUUUCUCAUGUCCCACAGGUCAGGAAUUUGCGACUGGCAAAGCUAGAAUAACUACUGAAUGUCUACUUGGUGGCAACUGGUCAGUCUCAUACAUCCCAAAAUGUCAAGAGGUCUACUGCGGUCCUGUUCCGCAAAUAGAUAACGGUUUUUCAAUUGGAUCCAGCAAUGUUACGUACAGGGGUGAAGCUAUUUACCAGUGUUACGCAGGAUUUGCUUUUCCCUCUGGUCUAGCUGUUGAAAAAGUUUCUUGUUUGGCAGAUGGUCGUUGGGAGAGACUGCCAACUUGUUUAGCUUCCCAGUGUCCACCAUUACCGGAAACACCUCACACGAAUGCAACUGUUUUGAAUGGAGGUGGACGCAGUUAUGGUACAAUUGUUAGGUUUGAAUGUGAACCAGGAUAUGUGCGCUCUGGUCAUCCAGUCAUUUUGUGCAUGAGUAAUGGAACUUGGUCUAACCCUGUACCUACCUGCUCUCGUGCUCAAUGCCCGGACUUACCCCAGAUUUCAAAUGGAUUUGUGAUUGAUCAGUCCCGCAAAUACUUUUUCGGUGAUGAAGCACGAGUACAGUGUCAUAAAGGUUUCAAGCUCACUGGUGGGUCAAAUAUCAUUAGGUGUGGUCCUCAGCAAAGUUUUGUCAAUACACCCAAGUGUGAAGAUGUGAAUGAAUGUGCGAACAGUCAGUGCGAUUUAGCCUCAACGGAGUGUAUCAACACACCUGGAAGUUUCCAUUGCAAAUGCCGGUCCGGAUUUGCUGCAAGUAUGGAGUGCCGUCCAGUUGGUGAUCUUGGAUUAACAACCGGCGGAAUUCCUGAUGAGUCCAUAUCGACCUCGGGAUCUGAACCUGGUUUUGGAAAAGAGCUUGUUAGAUUAAACAGUUUCCGUGGCUGGUGUGGUAAUAAUGUAGAGCCUGGAACCAACUGGAUUUUGUUAGAUUUAAAAGCUCCAACUGUCAUCCGUGCUUUCAGAACUCAAAGUGUUGCCAGAGGCAGUGGCAGUCUUGCCUUUACCUCUGCUGUUCGCAUUCAGUAUUCAGACAACUUGACUGAUGUUUUCACGGACUACACAAAUCCAGAUGGAACACCUGUUGAAUUCAGAAUUUUGGAGCCAACUUUGUCAGUGCUCAACUUACCUGUGCCGAUUGAAGCCAAAUACAUCAAAUUCAAGAUUCAGGACUACGUUGGUGCUCCAUGUAUGAGGUUGGAAGUUAUGGGUUGCACUCGUCUCGAAUGUAUGGAUGUAAAUGAAUGUCUCACGAACAAUGGAGGAUGUGAUCAAAAAUGUAUCAACAGUCCUGGAAAUUACUCAUGUGUGUGCAAUGUUGGAUAUGAACUGUUCACCCGCAACGGAACUGCUGGCUUCACGGUUGACCCAUCUGAAACUGGUGAAAGAGAUGGAGAUGCGUACCAGCGUAACAAAACAUGUGUUCCUGUCAUGUGCCCAACAUUACAAGCUCCUGAAAAUGGAAUCAUUCUUUCAACCAAGGAUUCAUAUCAUUUCGGAGAUCUUGUCAGCUUCCAAUGUCAAUUUGGUUUCGUGAUGGCUGGAUCUGCUUCACUACUUUGCACCUCUGGUGGGGUCUGGAAUGGCUCAGUACCUCAAUGUCAAUAUGCCAAAUGUGUAUCUCUUCCUGACGACAAACAAGAGGGUCUUUCAGUUAUAAGGAAAGACAAGGAAACUGUUUUAGUCCCAUUCAAGGAAAAUGUCACUCUUCACUGUGGCAGCAAUGGCCGUCAUCUGAGGCACACAGCAACAUCUGGAUUCAGACAAUGUGUUUAUGAUCCUAAGCCUGGUUACCCUGACUACUGGUUGUCAGGCAUGCCGCCAGCAUGUCCAAGAGUGGAUUGUGGUGAUCCAGUUGCUACACCAGGUGCAGAGUAUGGAAACUUCAUCGACACCCGUUUCCAAUCCUCCUUCUUCUUCGGAUGCCAAGAUACCUUCAAAUUAGCAGGCCAGACUGAUAGGAAUGAUAAUGUUGUCCGUUGUCAAGCUAAUGGAAUUUGGGACUUUGGUGAUCUUCGUUGCGAAGGACCCGUGUGCCAAGACCCUGGUAGACCCACUGAUGGAUACCAAAUUGCCUCAAGUUAUGAGCAGGGCUCCGAAGUCCAGUUCGGCUGUAGUAAACCAGGUUACAUCUUAAUCAACCCAAAACCAAUCAGUUGUAUCAGAGAGCCAGAAUGUAAGGUCAUCAAACCCCUCGGUCUUGCCUCUGGAAGGAUUCCUGAUUCAGCUAUCAAUGCCACUUCUGAAAGGCCUAAUUAUGAAGCAAGGAAUAUCCGUCUCAACUCUGUGACUGGUUGGUGUGGAAAGCAAGAAGCUUUUACGUACGUCAGUGUUGAUCUUGGCCACGUCUACCGAGUUAAGGCUAUUCUAGUCAAAGGUGUUGUAACAAAUGAUAUUGUUGGUCGACCAACGGAAAUCCGAUUCUUCUACAAACAAUCUGACAAUGAAAACUUUGUUGUCUACUUCCCGAACUUCAACCUCACAAUGAGAGACCCAGGAAAUUAUGGUGAACUGGCUUUGAUAACCUUGCCAAAAUAUGUUCGAGCAAGAUUCGUCAUUUUAGGAAUCGUUAGUUACAUGGACAAUGCUUGUCUGAAGUUCGAGCUGAUGGGCUGUGAAGAACCAAAAACUGAGCCUCUUCUUGGUUAUGACUAUGGAUAUUCACCAUGUGUGGACAAUGAACCACCUGUUUUCCAAAACUGCCCCCAACAACCAAUCAUUGUCAGGCGUGGACCAAAUGGUAUCGAACCUGUCAAUCUCACAGAACCAGUCGCUGUGGACAACAGUGGUAGCAUUGCUCGAUUAGAAGUGAAACCCCAGAGCUUCAGAACUCCCUUGGUCACAUUCCAUGAUGUGGCUGUCAAAUAUGUUGCUUAUGAUUUUGAUGGAAAUGUUGCAAUUUGUGAAAUCAACAUCACUGUGACAGAUGAGACCCCACCAAUGUUGAGCUGCCCUCAAAGCUACGUGAUCGAACUGGUAGACCGCCAAGACAGUUAUGUUGUCAACUUUAAUGAAACCAGACGAAGGGUGAAUGUUUCAGAUGCUUCAGGCGAAGUCACUGUUGCAUUCGUCCCCAAUCAGGCCACAAUCCCCAUUGGAAACUUUGAAAAUGUUACCGUUAUUGCCACCGACAAAUAUGGCAACAGAGCAACUUGCCACUUCCAGGUUUCUGUUCAAGCAACUCCAUGUGUAGACUGGGAACUAAAACCACCAACAAAUGGUGCUCUGAAUUGCCUACCUGGUGAUAAAGGAUUACAGUGUAUCGCAACUUGUAAUGAAGGCUAUCGCUUUACAGACGGGGAGCCAGUCAAAACAUUUAGUUGUGAGCACAAGAGCCCAUGGUCACCCACAUCAGUUGUGCCAGACUGUGUGUCUGAAGACACCCAGCAAGCCGAUUAUCACGUUGUUGCCACAGUUAACUACCGUGCUAACGGAGCUGUAGCUUCCCUUUGUUUGCCACAGUAUGCUGACUUACUCUCACAGUACUUCCCCAGUCUGAAUGCCAUUCUGACCCAACGCUGCUCAGCCGUAAAUGUGAACAUGAAUGUUUCAUUCUUGGAAGCUAGAUCAACAAUGGUGGAAGAGAACGUCGUCCAGAUCGAUUUUAUUCUUGGAAUCAUGCCUGCUGUUCGCCAACCUCAGCUUUAUGACCUUUGCGGCUCCACUCUUAACCUGAUUUUUGAUCUAAGCGUGCCCUAUGCAAGUGCUGCCAUUGAACCUCUGCUCAAUGUGUCCGCUAUCGCAAACCAGUGUCCACCUUUGAAAGCCCUGCGCUCUGCCAUUACCCGUGGUUUCACUUGUAAUGUUGGUGAAGUUUUGAACAUGGAUGUGAAUCAGGUGCCGCGGUGUCUUCAUUGCCCUGCAGGAACAUCGGCCGGAGUGAACCAAAAAUCUUGUACUCCUUGCCAGCAUGGAUAUUACCAGAACAAAGACAGACAAGGAGCUUGCAUUCGAUGCCCAAUGGGAACAUAUACCAGAGAGGAAGGAUCUAAGAGUCUCUCAGAUUGUAUUCCUGUUUGUGGUUAUGGUACUUACUCGCCAACUGGACUCGUUCCUUGUUUAGAGUGUCCAAGAAACAGUUACACAAGUGAGCCACCGACCGGAGGAUUCAAAGACUGUCAAGCUUGUCCUCCCAGCACGUACACAUACCAACCAGCAGCACCAGGAAAGCAGUUCUGUCGAGCAAAAUGUGCUCCUGGACAGUACUCAGAAACUGGUCUAUCGCCAUGUGCUCCUUGCCCUCCUAACUUCUACCAACCUCUCAGCGGACAAACGCAGUGUCUAGAGUGUCCCACCAAUAUGCGAACGAAAGGCUCUGGAGCAUCUGGAAGAGAUGAGUGUCAAACCAUACAAUGCACCGAAAAUUCUUGUCUACAUGGUGGUCUGUGUGUUCCCAUGGGUCACGGUGUGCAAUGUUUCUGUCCAGCCGGCUUUUCAGGACGCCGCUGUGAAAUUGAUAUCGAUGAGUGUGCCUCCCAACCUUGCUACAAUGGUGGUUCUUGUAUUGACUUACCCCAAGGCUACCGCUGUCAAUGUUUGAAUGGAUACAGUGGAAUCAACUGUCAAGUUGAAAAAUCUGACUGCCGCAACGACUCUUGUCCUGAACGUGCUAUGUGCAAAGAUGAACCUGGAGUAAACAAUUUCACUUGCCUUUGUCGCUCUGGCUACACAGGCAUCAAUUGUGACAUCACGAUUGAUCCUUGCACAGCCAAUGGAAAUCCUUGCAAAAACGACGCAACCUGUGUUGCACUGAAACAAGGCCGUUACAAGUGUGAAUGUCUACCUGGCUGGGAAGGCCAACACUGUGAUAUCAAUAUCGAUGACUGUGCUGAGAAACCUUGCCUACUAGGAGCUGAAUGCACUGAUCUCAUUGCCGAUUUCAAAUGUACUUGUCCACCUGGAUUCACGGGCAAGCGCUGUCAAGAGAAGAUCGAUCUCUGCUCAGACAAUCCUUGUGAACACGGUGUUUGUGUUGACAAGCUAUUUAUCCACCAAUGUAUCUGUCAUCCUGGUUGGACUGGAGAAGUUUGUGAGAUUAACAUAAAUGAAUGUGACAGUUCGCCCUGUGAGAAUGGCGGAGAAUGUAUGGAUCUCAUCGAUGGAUACUCAUGCUCUUGUGAAUUGGGAUACACCGGAAAACGCUGCCAGCAUCUGAUCGAUGAUUGCGCCUCUGCACCAUGUCAAAAUGGAGGAUCUUGUGUCGACAUGCUGGAUGGGUUUAUGUGCAACUGCCGCCCAGGAUUUGUAGGCUUACAAUGUGAAGCUGAAAUUGAUGAGUGUUUGAGCGACCCUUGCAACCCUGAAGGAAGUGAAAAGUGUGUUGACUUGGACAACAAGUUUGAAUGUCAAUGUCGCCCUGGCUACACUGGAGCACUUUGUGAAACAAACAUUGAUGACUGUGCCUCAUCUCCAUGCAUGAACGGAGGUAUUUGCAAAGACGGAAUUGGAAAGUUCACGUGUGAUUGUGAACCUGGUUGGACCGGUCAGCGAUGUGAAUCAGACGUAGGUUCAUGCCAGAAUAAACCCUGCCAGAAUGAUGCUAAUUGUAUCAAUCUCUUCAGAGAUUUCUUCUGUGUGUGUCCAUCUGGAACAGACGGUAAACAAUGUGAAACUGCUCCUGAACGAUGCAUUGGCAAUCCUUGCAUGCAUGGUGGUCACUGCCAAGAUUUUGGUUCAGGGCUGAACUGUACUUGCCCUGUGGACUAUGAUGGUAUCGGGUGCCAGUAUGAGUUUGACGCUUGCAGAGCAGAUGUCUGCAAGAAUGGUGCUACAUGCGUUGACAAUGGCCCUGGGUACAAGUGUAUUUGCCCUCAUGGAUUCACAGGUAAAAAUUGUGAUGAGGACAUCGUUGACUGUCAUGAAAACUCAUGUCCACCAACAGCAACUUGCAUUGAUUUGACAGGCAGGUUCUACUGUCAGUGCCCAUUCAAUCUCACAGGAGAUGAUUGCAGAAAAACAAUUCAAGUGGAUUAUGAUCUAAGUUUCCCCGAACCACAAGCCAGCAGUGCCGCUCUGAGUGUACCGUUCAGAAUUUCUGGCAAAACUAGUUUCACCAUUGCCAUGUGGGUGCAGUUCUCCCACCGCGAUGAACCUGGCGUCUUCUUCACCUUAUACAGUGUGACAUCUGAUCAUAGAGCAAGCGGAAGAAGAUCGCUGGUCCAAGCUCAUUCAAGUGGAGUUCAGGUUUCUCUCUUCCCCGAAAUUCAAGAUGUAUUUUUAGCCUUCCAAGAGUAUGCUACAAUUAAUGAUGGUCAAUGGCACCACAUUGCCAUUGUUUGGGACCAAGGAACUCUCACAUUGGUCACAGAAGGACUCAUUGCCAGCAAACAUGAAGGCUAUGGUACUGGAAGACAACUCCCAGAAUUUGGCUGGGUUGUUUUGGGAAAACCAAGACCGGACAGUGCAAAGGCAUAUGCUGAAGCUGGUUUCCAAGGACAUUUGACCAAGGUCCAAAUUUGGUCUCGUGCUUUGGACAUUACAAAUGAAAUUCAGAAACAAGUCAGAGACUGUAGAACAGAACCAGUUCUCUAUCAGGGUCUUGUUCUAACUUGGGCUGGAUAUGACGAUGUUGAAGGAGGCGUUGAAAGAAUUGUGCCAUCACACUGCAGUCAACACACCUGCCCACCUGGGUACACUGGACCACAAUGUAAUCAACUCCAAGUGGAUAAGAUGCCUCCCACUAAAGAGUAUUGUCCUGGAGAUUUGUGGGUUGAUGCUCGAAAUGGAUCUGCAGUUGUCACUUGGGAUGAACCGAGAUUCACAGAUAAUGUAGGUGUUGUCAGAGUUGAAGAAAAGAGUGGUCACAGGCCAGGUCAAACUCUCCUCUGGGGAACUUACAACAUUGCUUACGUCGCGUUUGAUCAAGCUGGAAACUCUGCCACCUGUGCUUUCACCGUUUACGUUCUUUCUGGUUUCUGUCCACCGUUGGCUGAUCCAGUUGGAGGAACACAAGUCUGCAAAGAUUGGGGUUUUGGCGGUCAAUUCAAAGUCUGCGAAAUUUCAUGCAAACCGGGUCUCAAAUUCUCCCAGCCUGUCCCGAAAUUCUACACCUGCGGAGUUGAAGGGUUCUGGCGUCCAACAUCAAACCCAGCCUUACCCAUGGUUUACCCUGCGUGCUCAGCUUCUUCACCAGCACAACGUGUUUUCAAAGUUAGUAUGUUGUUCCCUACCUCAGUUCUGUGUAACGAAGCAGGUCAAGGUGUCCUCAGGCAAAAAGUUCGUAACGCUAUCAACUCACUCAACAGAGAAUGGAACUUCUGUUCUUAUUCAUUGGAAGGAACUAAAGAAUGUAAAGAUUUGAACAUUGAAGUCAAGUGUGACCAUAAACUCUCCAGACCUGGCAGGGAUGUUGACAUUUCUGGGGUUACUAGCUAUGACGUCAAUGCUGUAUUCCCAAUCGUACGGUCCAAGAGACAAGCAAGUGAUACAUACAGUGUCCAAAUAUCAUUCCCAGCAACCAAUGAUCCUGUAAUCAACCAGAACUCCAACCUGAAAUCAAGUGUUCAAAGGCUUCUUGAAAAACUCAUUUUAGAAGAGGACCAAUUCGAUGUUCACGACAUUUUGCCCAACACUGUCCCUGAUCCAGCAUCAUUGAGUUUGCAAUCAGACUACGCUUGUCCUGUUGGACAAGUUGUAAAAGCUCCUGAAUGUGUAUCCUGCGCUGUUGGAACUUACUUCCACAAGGAGUCUCGCAGUUGUAUCCCUUGUCCUGUUGGUACAUACCAAAGCCAAAGCGGUCAACUUCAGUGUUCAGUAUGUCCUGCAAUUGCUGGACGCCAGGGCGUCACUAUUGCUCCAGGUGCAAGAAGUGCAUCUGACUGCAAAGAACGCUGUCCUGCUGGAAAAUACUAUGAUGAUGAAGCUGGUCUCUGUCGAAGCUGUGGUCAUGGAUUCUAUCAGCCCAGUGAAGGUAGCUUUAGGUGUCAACUGUGUGGACUUGGAAAGACUACCCGCACAACGGAGGCUGUAUCUGCAGAUGAAUGCCGCGAUGAGUGUUCAAGUGGAAUGCAAAUUGGACUUGAAGGUCAAUGUGAACCUUGUCCACGAGGAACUUACAGAACUCAGGGCGUUGAAGCAGCUUGUCAGAAUUGCCCCAACGGACGCACCACUCCUAAAGUUGGAUCAGCGACUGUAGAAGAAUGCUCUCUCCCUGUAUGUCUACCUGGUACAUACUUGAACGGAACCUUGAACAGCUGUGUGGCUUGCAAAAAGGGAACAUAUCAACCAUCCUCUCAGCAAACAACAUGUCUACCUUGUCCUCCAAACACAAGCACCAAAGGAACAGCUGCUACAAGUAAAGCUGAGUGUUGGAAUCCAUGUGAAAUGAAUGGUCCUGAAAUGCACUGUGAUCCAAAUGCCUAUUGUUUGCUCAUCCCAGAGACAAGCGACUUCAAGUGUGAAUGCAAACCCGGUUUCAAUGGAACUGGCAAACACUGCACAGAUGUUUGCGCCGGAUUCUGCGAAAACAAAGGAACUUGUGUCAAGGAUAGUCGAGGACAGCCUUCUUGUCGGUGUGUUGGCUCUUUCAUUGGCCCACAUUGUGCUGAAAAGUCUGAAUUCGCUUACAUCGCAGGUGGAAUCACAGCAGUUGUUAUAUUCCUAAUUAUUAUUCUGCUUUUCGUCUGGAUGAUCUGCGCCAGAUCGGAGAGACGAAGAGAACCUAAAAAACUAGUCGCCCAAACCAAUGAUCAAACUGGUUCUCAAGUUAACUUCUACUAUGGAGCUGCUCCGUAUGCUGAGUCCAUAGCACCAUCUCAUCAUUCAACAUACGCUCACUAUUAUGAUGAUGAGGAGGAUGGUUGGGAAAUGCCUAACUUCUACAAUGAAACUUAUAUGAAAGAGAGUCUACAUAAUGGAAAGAUGAAUAGUUUAGCUCGAUCGAAUGCAAGUAUAUAUGGUAACAAGGAUGACCUGUAUGAUCGACUGAAGAGGCAUGCAUAUCCGGGUAAAAAAGAUAAAAGCGACUCCGAAAGUGAAGGCCAUUAAACUACUGACUGAUAUUAUGGCUGGCUACAUGAAACCAUUUUACUCUUAGUCAAUAAUACUUACUAUUGAAGUGCUCAAAAUUUUUAAGUGCAUUGCAUCUUGCAGUUUGCAUUAAUUUUCUCAGUCUUCGUCAACCUACUUUUGUUCUGUGGGUUUAGUAUUUUCCCAUUUUCUUUAUUUUUAUCACAUCAAAUUUUUUCAGCUGGUACCUAUCAUUUGACCAUUUUCCCUAAAAUAUCUUCAGUACAACUUCAACCGAGUUUCCCAUGUUUACUCAUCGAAGAUGAAUUCUCAAGUUCCUCUUGUCAAAUAUAGCUUUUCUGUCAAAUUUUGAUGAUACAGUGCCAAAAGGUACCAAGCAAAGGAAAAUCUAAGCUCUGCAAAAAGUGAGUUAAAUUGCGCUUUUCUUUGGGACUCAGUUGGGAGUUAGUGUAAUGGAAAAUGAUGUGUAUAGUUUAUUGAAGUGAAAAAAGUAUAGAAAAUAGGGAGGUAUUACCCCCAACAAAAAAUACUCAAAAGACUGUUCUCAAGUUUGCUCAUUAUUUGCAAUUUCAUUUUUUCUCACCACUUGUUUGUUCUAUGUUUGUAGGACAACUUGUUUUUGUUUAUGUUAUUAUAACAUAGCUUUGUAAAUAUUUCCAUACUGUAAGCCUGGUGGUACUUCAUUCUUUUAUCAUAGGAGCUCUCUGUCUUCCUAUUUUCACCAAUUCAUCAUCUCAAGAUACAUUAUAAAAAACGAAUUUUCAACAAAAAGUAUGAUUGGUACCGAACUGAUGGCUAAGUCAACAUUUGUCGAGAUUGCCCUGAUGACUUAAUCCUUAUUCAUCAGAACUCAAAAAUAUUAAAGGCAUUCAAACAAAAUAUUAACUGCCAGUUAACACAAACUGCUUGUCAAAAAAAGCUGCACAGAUGGCAAAUCCUCCACUGGUCUUCAAUUUCCUUUGGUAACUGGUGUUGGGAAUUGCCUUGGCCCAUUUGAAAACCUUAUGACUUACAGCCUCAGCCUACUCAGAAAAAUGACCUUGUUACUCGGAAUAAAAACAAGCACAAGUCACUUUUUUCUUCAAUGUGAAUUUUCAUUUCUUUUUUUCCAUUUUGUCAACAAGACAAAUGACAGUGGCGAGUUUGGUUUGGAUGAAUAACAAUUUAUUAAUCAGUUAGGAAUCAACGAGCAAUGAAUUAUUCUUUGGUGUGGCACCAAAAAAUAACAAUUUAGCUGUCAGGACAUUACCAACAAAUAACCGAUGGAUAACGUCAACCAAAUACUUAAAGUAGAUGCUUUGCAUUAUGAAGAUAAAUGCCAAAAUGUAGCAGUUGCUGUAAAAUAAAUUCCUAAUGCGAAGGAUUAUAAUUUUUUCUAUUUUUUCAAAUUUCUAAAAACGUUGAAGUACAAAAAUAAAUUGGUACCAAUUUAUUAUACCAAAAUUAAAUGAUUUGAUCCACUCUGAUUUUUAUACUUUUGUGCCCACAAAGUCAACCUCUAUUAUGUGUUUUUAUUGCUAAAGUCUAAGGUUUAUUGCAAACCAACGCCCUGCCACACAGCUGUAACUCUCAAGUCAUCCCAUCAUCCAAAAUUAUCCUCAAUCAAUUAAGUAUAAUUGAUCAAUGAAUAAAAUAUGUAUGAAUUAUACUUAGUCAGUGACUAAACAAUUAAAUUAAUUAAUAAUUAUCCAAAAUUAUGCUUUAAACCAUUUUGUAAUUUUGAAUUAUCACCAGGCUUAUUGUGUAAAUAGACCUGUACAGUUUUAUUUUAUUUUUAUGUUUUUUAACUUCUAUCAAGAGCAUUCAAAAUAUUGAAAUUCUUCGCAAACACAUAGGAAUUUUAUAAUUUGCAGGGUAUUUUAAUUGAAUAUUUCUCCAACCGCCUCAAAUUUUAGUACACCAGUUUGUUUUAUUAUUGGUGACGAGCCUCAAUAGGUCUAAAGUUAAUUUACCCUGCCAGACCUUCCAAAUCUUUUGAUUGUGCCUUUUUUGGUAAUUAAUUUUUCUUAGUCUUUCUUCAUCGAAGAUUGAUGACCACUCACCGAUGCAGCGAAUUCUUUGUUGACAUUUUUAGUCGAAAUGUGUGUAGUCACAACACAAUCAAUUCAAGUUACAAUGAUAAUGUUUUGUAUUAUAAAAGAAUGUGUCAAGUAGAAUAAUUUUAUGUUUUUAAGAUUUAAUUGUAGUUAAUUACUUUAUUUGAAUUGUUCAUAUUGUAUUUUUAUUUUGAUGUGCCUUAGAUGAAUCUUAUUUAUUUCUCUCUCAUUUAAUAAUUUAAUUUCUAUGAUUUUGUAUUUGAAAUUCGUCAAAAUCAGUGAAAAAUAAUAUGAGGGUGUACUGCUAGUGAUAUUGUACCUCUAAUCUGCCAAAAAAAAUAUUACUCGAUCAUACCAAUACCCAUCGACCAAAUCUAUUUAAUGUAACUUUUUUUUGUAACAAGUACUUAACAGUUACAAGUCAACUUGUACUUCCGCCUUUUUAUGAUUGCGAAAUGUUCCCUCUCUGAAAAAUUCAGCACUGAGAACUUAAUCACAAUCUUUUUAUUUCAUGAGUUUUAGCUCAUCAAAUACUGUUCAUUCUUAUUAAUUUAACACCUGGGAAGAUCCUUCAAUAAACUGUUAAAUACUUGUUAGUAUCUUAUUACAAAAUAUCCAGUGCCUGUGACCUUACAUUUCUAAUGAGGGUAAAGAUUUUCAUUUUUAUGAAGAACGUUUAAAUGUAUACCCUCAACAACAAACAUGAGAUAAUUAACCCUCCAUAACAAACAUGAGGGAAGUAUUUUUUAUUUUUCUGUAAAUAAUUAUUGUAAAUUCUUUUUUACCUUCUUUCGUAAAAUGUCAGCUUUUUUUCUAUAUUGACUCCUUUUGUUGCAAUUUGUUUUAAGUUGAUCGAACUAUACGCUGAGGAUGCAUAAUGGGGGAAAUCGAUCAAGAUCCUUGUAGAGGUCGGCCAGAUUGUUUCAUCACCAAGCUAAAAAAUUGAAGAUCUACGAUAUUUCUCUGAAAGAACUGCAUGAUUCUUUAGCUUGUUAAGUUUUAUGGCAGUGUCUUUGCCAACAUUUCCACGAAAAGCAAAGUAACUAACAAAGAACGAAGCCACAACUUCAAAUCAUCAAGAAUAAUUUUGAAUUAUGUUUUUAUUUAAGCACCCCCAUGAAGACUUCUCAGUUGACAAAAAAUAUUUGAAAAUAUAUAAAGAAAUGUUGAUGAGAAACAAUAAGGCUGAAAGAAUGAGAUGAAAGGGACAACCAUGUGCUCUUGAGGUACUGAAAAUAUGAGACCAUCAAUUUUUUUCCCUUUUUUUUUCUUUCUGGUCUAAGAUCUAAACUGGGGGUCUCUGAAAGAAAUGGGGAAAGGUUAGUGCCAUGAAAAUUGCUAAAUCAGUUUUGUGAAGACAUUAAUUGAUGGAGCCCAUCCCAUCCAAAUUUCCCCCAUUAAGUUUCCUCUCUGAGCUCUUCGUGUUCUCAAGUAGCUAUGGCAGUCAACCAGUGAAUAACAUUUUUGUUGGAAGUUAUUAUUUUUUGACUGUUGUUGCUUGUAUCAGCUCUUGAUAAGUCAAACCCACUUUGUUCAUUGAAUACUCUAAUAUGUUUAUAUAAUAGCUAGUUAGAUUUUCAAAUUCUUCAUGUGCGAUAACAUUUUUAAAUAGUUAUGAGUCAACUUAUUUAAAUUUUUACAUGUACCUAUAGACGUAGGAAAAAAGAAAAGUAUGUUGAAGUUCAUGUGUAAUGGAAAAAAAUGUGCGCCGUGUGAACAUGAUAUUUUGAGCAGUUUUGAGUGUGAUAUGUGUUGAUGUAGGAUGUGAAUAAUUUUUAAUUACUAGUGUUUCAUAUAAUUACAGUGACAAUUGCCAUUCCCUCCCUUUCAAUCAUGUUAUUCCCUUCAGGUACCUCUGUUUCAGGGUAACUCAAAUUUAUUUCUCUUAGUCGGUACAGUAAUACCUUGAUUAUCCGAUAUAUUGUGGCAAAGAUGUGGGCCGGAUACCAAAAACGCUGGAUAAUUGAAAAUUCACGUAAAUACAUGUAACCACUUGGAAUGUGUAUGGAGACAACAAGAAACACGAAGGAAACAAAGAAAAAAUAAGAAAAAUAACGCAAAAACAUGCCUCAUUGUUGCGCCUGAUAAGUGAUGAGAGGAUAAUUGAAGUAUUACUAUACUCUGUAUCUUUUAUGAAAUCUUAAUUUUCAGCAGCCUGAAAGUAAAUUAUACACGUAAUUUAUAUUGGCUUGUUCUAUUUUUCAACUGUAUUUCUCUCUUUAAAAUUGAUUAAACUCUACUGCCAGAGUAAGAUCUUAAAUAUGUCCAGGAAAGGUUGAGAUUCAUUUGUAUUCCGGUGAUCAAAAUACAUUGAAUCCUUAAUGAAAGCAGAGUGAUAGGCUUAACUAUUUUAAGUUUUAGUUCGGGAAUAAAAGGACAAAUCUCUGAGGCUUAAUUUUUUCAGUGUCCCAGAGACUGUUUUUACGAUCAAACAUUUGGUAUUGAAGGCAUGAACAUGAUCCAACUGCACAAACCAGUCAAGAGUGAAUAACUGCCAAUUAACCUGAUGCGAAUCCUUACUGAUAUCCUAUUUAAUGAGGAAAUUUGGCUUCUUCACUACCUUGUAUCCACUGACCUUUUGAAAAAUUGCUUUUACUUGCAAUUGUAAUUAAAGGAGGGAGUUAAAUACAUUUGACGAAUAAAACAUGCCUUUUAUCAGGUGUUUCAUAACAUCACUGUCACUUUCGGUUUACCUCUAAUCAAAAUAAUCGUGAACUUAUUUUGUUGGAGUCAUCUUUAAUUGCAAUUUUUUGCAGUUCCCCAAAAAUCAGAUCGUAAUUUUUAUUCUAAAUUCUGUUAUUUAUCUGUUGAAUUGUCUAUGAAACAUUACCUAACAAAUAAAGUUCUGAUUUAUGAAGUAA